AUGGGAUUGGCAAGACUCUCAUCGAUUGAAGAUGGAAAUGAUUUCUCAAUUGAGUAUGCUUCUUGGCUGGUGGAGCAUCCUUGUGCAUUGGAAAAAUUUGAAGAAAUGAUGAAAAUAGCAAAAGGGAAAAAGAUAGUAAUAUUCUUGGAUUAUGAUGGCACUUUGUCUGAUAUUGUGCCCAACCCUGAAGAAGCUUUUAUGACUGACAAGAUGAGAAUGGUGCUAGGUGAAGUUGCUAAUCGAUUUCCUACAGCUAUUAUCAGUGGACGAAAACGUGAAAGGGUACAAGAUUUUGUACAAUUGAAAAAUGUUUAUUAUGCUGGAAGUCAUGGGCUUGAUAUUGAAGCUCCCUUGGAUUCAACAAAUUCAAAUGAAAAGGAUAACAAAGUUGUUUUCUAUCAACCUGCAAUAGAGUUUUUGCCUGAAAAACAAAAGAUUCUUAAUCUGUUGGGGGAGAGAACCAAAGGUAUCAAAGGAGUCAAUAUUGAAGAUAACAAAUUCUGCAUUUCUGUACACUACAGACAUGUUCACACCAAGGACUUUGGUAGUGUUGAGAAUAUCAUUUCUGCUGUCUUAAAAGAACACCCAAACUUUCGUGUAUCAACAGGAAUAAAGGUGUUUGAGAUAGGACCAAAUAUUGUGUGGAACAAAGGUCAUGCAUUGGAAUAUUUCUUAGAGAAUCUUGGAUUUGGAAAUUCUGAUGAUGUUCUCCCAAUAUACAUUGGGGAUGAUCGAACUGAUGAAGAUGCUUUCAAGGUAUUGCUGAAAAGAGGACAAGGUUUUCCAAUUGUUGUUACUGCUUCUCCAAAAGACACCAAGGCUUUGUACUCUUUACGUGAACCAAAGGAAGUUAUGGAGUUUUUGUUAGGUCUAGUGGCUUAA